UGACUCUCAAAGGGACAAAACCACGGACCCACCAGUCGGAGGACGGCUGCGCAGACAUUUAAUGUAAUUUAUCCGUGACAUGAGGCAGAGAGGGGAAGUGUCUGUGUGUGUGUGUGUCUGUGUCUGUGUCAGUGGGUGGGAUGUAAACCGUCAUUUCCGCCGCUCGGUUAGUCGUGUCCGGGGUUAGUGUGAAGGGAUCGGCCGUUUCUCUCCCUUCAAACCGACGACCGCAGCAGCAACAGCCGCCGCCGCCGCCUCCCCCCUCGGUGGUAAACCGUCAAAUCUCCGUCUCUGCCUCGACACCCGUCGCGGCGUCCGAUGUUGUCCGAUUGUCUCCUCGCCAAGUAAUAAGGUGGUGGUGGGGGGGAGAGAGAGAGAGAGAGAGGGCGUCCAACCACCAGAACUGCCGGACAUUGCUGGAUGUUCCUCUGAUGAAGUACUCUGCGGUUCUUUAGAUCGUAGCAACAUGAAAUAACCAUUGAAAUUCAGCUAAAUAGGAAUAGAUUUUUUGUUUGAAUGUGCUGUGGAACAUACACCAGCCCUAAAUAGUUUGAAUUCAGAUUUCUAACUUUAUUUCAAGUUUUAAUUAAAAUGUCAGAGGAAAAAGGAGCAACAUCUCAAAAUGUAGACGUAAGGCCUAAAAUCAACCGAGGCAGAAGUACUGAUCAUAAGGAUGGUUAUGCUUGGAGUGGUAAGCGGUCACGUUCAACUAAAACGGAGGCUUCUUCAGAUAGUGAGGAGAGACAAGCACCUGGAAAACAGUCAAUCCCUUCACGAAGAAGGGAAAGAAGAUUGAGCUCCUCUUCCAGACAAGAUGUUGAUGAUUGUGUAUGCAAGCUACCUAGUCGAUCACUGAAACAGAAGAUCCAAGAUGCAAUAGUUCAGUGUUUCCCAGUUAAAGUGCAUAACCAUAAACAUUCUGCAGCUCUCACUUCAAAAAGGAAAAUUCACAUUAGUGAACUGAUGUUGGAUAGAUGCCCUUUUCCAGUUGAUUCUGAGCUCGCUCAGAAAUGGCACUUGAUUAAAUGGCACGCUGUUCCAGGGACUCAAAGGUGUGGGAUUUGGGGAGCAUCAGCAGUAGGAUUUGCUGAUGAUGAGGAUGAUAGGCUACGGGAAAGACGUAGAAUGAGCAUUGAACAAGGUGUUGAUCCUCCUCCGAAUGCACAAAUUCACACAUUCGAAGUAAUAUCCCAGACCAAUACACUGCACGGCCCAAAGUUACCACUUGGGAUAAAUGAAUUGACCUCUGAGAGAGGGUUUCAUUUUCAAAGCAAUGAAAUUGACUCUGAUGACGAAGUGUUGACUCUUUGCACACAGUCUCGAAAGCAGAACAGAGCAAAAAUGGGUUCUGAUGAGGGAAUCAAUCAACCAAUUGCACUUCAUAAAGACCAUACCCAGAUUGACUACAUUCACUGCCUAGUUCCAGAUCUAUUUUGGAUCAGUAAGAAUCCAAGCUAUUGGGGUGUUAUGGAUAGAUAUGGUGCUGAGGCUUUGUUGGAAGGUAAACCAGAAGGAACAUAUCUGCUUAGAGACUCGGCCCAAGAGGACUAUCUAUUUUCUGUCAGUUUCAGACGUUAUAGCCGCUCUCUCCAUGCCAGAAUUGAACAAUGGAAUUACAAUUUCAGCUUUGAUGCUCAUGAUCCCUGUGUCUUUCAUGCACCUAGUGUAACUGGUCUCUUGGAACAUUACAAGGACCCAAACUCCUGUAUGUUUUUUGAGCCACUGUUGUCACUUCCACUGAACAGGACCUUUCCCUUUUCACUUCAGCACCUCUGUAGAGCUGUAAUUUGCAGCUAUACUACCUAUGAUGGCAUUCAUAGUCUUUCCGUGCCACCAGCAAUGAAAACGUACUUGAAGGAAUACCACUACAAACAAAAAGUCCGAGUGCUCAGGUUCGAUGAACUGUAGCGGUAACGUGGAUCAGCAGAAAACUGAUGGCCUACGAUAAAUUCUAAUUUAUAAAACACCAUGAGCAUUACUAAUCCAUAAAGAAAUUAGUCAGUGUUUGUCUUAAAUAGGAGUUUACUGGCACAGUAUUUUGAUAAGAUACUUUUUAUGGACUUUAACAUUAUUCUCUAUUGUAUUCAAACAUUCCCAUUUUAUUUCCUCUUGUUUUACACCAGUGCAUUUAAACUACUGUACUUUGUCAGAUGAAAUAUUUAUUUGACUUUUCCUCAUGACACUCAGCUCUUAUGGUUUUACCUGCGAAGGACUUUGUCAUUUCAUCCAUCUGAAAACCAAUGUAUUGAGUUAGAUCUCAAGACUAAACAAGUUCAUUUCUGAAGUCAUUUCAAAACAUCAAAGAAUUGAAUGUAUAACCACAAUUUUAUUUGCACUGUUUUUAUACUUUUACAAAUGUAUUAAUCCAUAUUUUUUAGAGCUCGACAAGUGUAACAAAAUACAAUACGAAUGUAACCUGAGUUAUUGCACUGUAACUUUCCAAUUCAUUUUACAUGAGUAAAAACUAACAAAA